CGCCCGAAGGAGCAGAGAAGAGCAGCCCGAGUUUGACGCGAGCGGGUGGGGAAAAGGAGGGAAGAGAGGCUGGAAGGAGCGAUUUGGACUAGGGCUGGGGGGGCCGAGGAUCCCAAGCGGGCCGAAGAGGGGCGCGAAAUUGGCUUCGGGAUGAUGAUGGAGGACGGAUUCUCCAGCUACAGCAGCCUCUAUGACACUUCCUCGCUUCUGCAGUUCUGCAAUGAUGACAGUGCUUCUGCUGCCAGCAGCAUGGAGGUGACAGACCGCAUAGCUUCACUUGAACAACGUGUUCAGAUGCAGGAAGAUGACAUUCAGUUGCUCAAGUCCGCUCUGGCAGAUGUCGUUAGACGUUUAAAUAUUACUGAGGAACAACAGGCCAUGCAGAACAGGAAAGGACCUACCAAAGCAAGACCACUAAUUCAAACACUGCCUUUAAAGACUACUGUCAAUAAUGGAACUGUCUUACCAAAGAAAUCUAGUGGUUCUCUACCUUCUCCAUCAGGAACCAGGAAAGAAAUUGUAUCACCAGCAGCAAAAAGCACUAUUAAAAGAACCAAUUCAACUGAAGGUGUUUCUCCUGGUGGUCGGAGGGAAAGUUACGGUGAUUCCAAAGGCAAUCGCAAUCGAGCUGGAUCCACAAGCAGUUCAUCUAGUGGUAAAAAGAACAGUGACUGCAAGCCCAAGGAGCCAAUGUUCAGUGCAGAGGAAGGAUAUGUUAAAAUGUUUCUGCGUGGACGUCCUGUUACCAUGUACAUGCCAAAAGAUCAAGUGGAGUCUUACAAUUUGGAAGCGAAGGCAGAACUACCAUCCAAAAAGCUUAAACUGGAAUGGGUCUAUGGUUAUAGAGGUCGAGAUUGUCGCAAUAAUCUGUACCUCUUACCAACCGGAGAAACUGUUUACUUCAUUGCAUCUGUGGUUGUAUUGUAUAAUGUUGAAGAACAACUCCAGAGACAUUACAUUGGUCACAAUGAUGAUGUGAAGUGCCUAGCAGUACAUCCUGACAGGAUUACCAUAGCAACUGGUCAGGUUGCAGGAACAUCUAAAGAUGGAAAACAAUUGCUGCCUCAUGUCCGCAUUUGGGAUUCCGUUACUUUGAAUACACUACAUGUAAUUGGCAUGGGAUUCUUUGAUCGAGCUGUUACAUGCAUUGCAUUUUCUAAAUCAAAUGGGGGCAGUAACCUGUGCUCAGUGGAUGACUCCAAUGACCAUGUGCUUUCAGUAUGGGACUGGCAGAGGGAAGAAAAAGUUGCAGAGGUCAAGUGCUCUAAUGAAGCAGUAUUUGCCGCUGAUUUUCACCCUACAGACACUAACAUAAUAGUUACAUGUGGAAAAUCGCAUCUUUAUUUUUGGACGAUUGAAGGGAAUUCUCUUAUCAAAAAGCAGGGAUUAUUUGAGAAACAAGAAAAGCCAAAGUUUGUCUUGUGUGUGACAUUUUCUGAAAAUGGAGAUACAAUCACAGGAGAUUCAAGUGGAAAUAUUUUAAUAUGGGGAAAGGGUACCAACAGAAUAAGCACUGCAAUUCAGGGAGCUCAUGAAGGGGGUAUAUUUGCCCUUUGUAUGUUACGAGAUGGCACCCUUGUGUCUGGAGGUGGAAAGGACAGAAAGUUGAUAUCUUGGAAUAGGAAUUAUCAGAAACUUCACAAAACUGAGAUUCUGGAGCAGUUUGGUCCUAUAAGAACAAUAGCAGAAGGGAAAGGUGACACUGUUUUAAUAGGAACCACUCGAAACUUUGUGCUCCAAGGUUCUUUGUCAGGAGACUUUUCUCCCAUUACCCAGGGCCAUACUGAUGAACUUUGGGGACUAGCAGCUCAUCCAACCAAACCUCAGUUUUUUACAUGUGGACAAGACAAACACAUUAUGCUCUGGGAUGCGAUCAGUCAUCGUCCAAUCUGGAACAAAACUAUAGAGGAUGCAGCACAGUCUUCUGGUUUUCAUCCUUCAGGAUCUGUAGUUGCAGUAGGAACACUCACAGGAAGGUGGUUUGUGUUUGAUACUGAAACAAAGGAUUUGGUCACUGUACAUACAGAUGGAAAUGAACAGCUGUCCACAAUGUGUUACUCACCAGAUGGCAACUUCUUGGCAAUAGGCUCUCAUGACAAUUGCAUUUAUAUAUACAGUGUUAGUGACAAUGGAAGAAAAUAUAGUAGAAUUGGCAAAUGUUCAGGUCAUUCCAGUUUCAUUACUCACUUGGAUUGGUCUGCUAACUCUCAGUAUCUUGUGUCUAAUUCAGGGGACUAUGAAAUCCUAUACUGGGUUCCUUCAGCUUGUAAGCAAGUAGUAAGUGUUGAAACCACUAGAGAUAUAGAAUGGGCUACUUACACGUGUACUUUAGGAUUUCAUGUUUUCGGUGUGUGGCCAGAAGGUUCAGAUGGCACAGAUAUAAAUGCCCUUUGUCGCUCACAUGAAAUAAAUUUAUUAUCAACUGGUGAUGACUUUGGCAAAGUACAUCUCUUUUCUUAUCCAUGUUCACAGUUUAGGGCUCAAAGUCAUGUGUAUGGUGGGCAUAGCAGUCAUGUAACCAAUGUAGAUUUUCUAUAUGAAGAUACUCAUCUCAUCUCUACAGGUGGAAAAGAUACUAGCAUUAUGCAAUGGCGAGUUGUUUAGGAGAAUCCUUGCAUGAAGCUAUAUGUGCAAACAAGAACUGGCCUUGCAUCAAAGUUCUGUACAAAAUGUAUAUUGAAAAUUUAACAGUAUGGUUACUGUCUAGCCUAGCCACUGUGAUUUUGAAAUUCUUACAAACCUCAGGAAAGUUAAGUCCUUGGCUACUUACCAUAAUUAUUUUGGUUAUUCAUUAAGCGUCACUUCAAAAAACAAUUAUCAUCUCUUUGUUGUAUAUUAUAUGAAGAAAUUCAAGUUUAAAAUGAAGUCAUGGCUUGAAUAUUUAUGCAAUAUAAAUGAAAAAAAUUAUGAAAUAGUCACCAAAAAGCUUAUUCUACUAUUACACAUGGCUGCUUCGCUGUUUUAUUGUUUAUCAGCUUUGUACUGUCUAACUACAUUGUCAGAAUAUCAAUGAUUGCAUAAAUGAUGGUACAUCUAUUUCUAAUAAACAGUGAAGAAAGCAGACAGAAAUUUUAGGCCAAGGUGAGAUAAGUGAACAACCAUUAAACACUGCUGUUCUGUGUUGUUCAUUUCAGUGGAACCUUCAUAGGUUUGCCUGUGAAAUGAAAUAUAAGGUUCAAACAACAUUUCUGGCCAAUUUGCUACUAGAGUUAUAAAUCCUUUAAAAGAAUAAAUGUGAAGAUUAGAAUUUUCAUUGAUUUGCAACUAAAGAAUUAAGUUCAGUAAGAUUAACAUUGUUGGAUUGUGCUUUGAUUUCAUUGUCUCUGAAAUUAUACAUAAUUAUACAUUGUAUUACAUUAUACUACUGUAUCUAUGCUGCAGAAAUCCAGAUAAACACCAGAUGGCAGCAAGGAGCUGAAAUAUUUUUUCUGCCAUCUAGCUGAAUGGAAGGGAAUGUAAGAACAACGUUCUUAUGUAGAUUUUUACAGCACAGAUGUGGUAACCCUAAAUGUGGACUACCACAGGUUUAACUUGAAUAUGGGAGCAGGAAUUACAGCUCCAACUUAAAUUGAAGGAUUAAAAAUUAAUGAACAUUUCUUACAAAUAAUGACCUGUCUGAUCCCUUCUCAGAUGUUUGGUUGAUAGAGGAAAUCAUUCUGUAUGUUGAUCAGCAUGAAUGUUUAUACGUGUAUAAAACUGUUAGAAGUUCCUAAGAAAUAGUGAGUCAUUCAAAGCUUUACUUGUCUUUUGCUUAUGGAUAUUGUAUAUUUGUAUUUUAAGACUCAGUAGAUCAUGUAUAAAGAGAUCUUUUUAAGCUUACUAUAAACCAGCAGAGGAAAUGGGAAAAUAAACAUGUGAACCAUUAAGAAAAAAAAUCUGGUUCCCUGGGACAAAUAUGUUUGCUAUGUUUUUAGAGGUGUCUGUGAAGCAGUAUUCAGUUGAAGAGGUCUGUAUCCCAUUGCAGAGGACCUCUGACAUCAAAUCAUAUAAUGCUACCACUUGACAAAAUAAAGUUUGGGAAUGCCCCGUAUAAUAAUGAA